AUGUCUAAACAUUAAUCCAAGUCGGAAAACCUAGCUGAAGUAGCGUUUUAUGUUCCAAAUGUAUUGGGAUAUGUCAGAUUCUUUGCAAUCGUUGCAAGCUGGAAAUUCGCUAUGACUGAUCCUGUCAAAUUCACUAUCCUUUACGCUAUCUGCUAUUUCUUGGGUGCAAUUGAUGGAACAGUUGCUAAAGUAUUGAAGCAAUGCUCAUUCUUUGGCGCUCAAAUGGAUAUCUUAAUGAACAGGUUCGCCACAGAGAGUUUGAUUUUCGCUGUAUUAAAGCUUGGCAUUACAAAUAUUCAGAAUGACUCAGAGAAAAUGAAAUUCACAUUGUUGUUUGGAUCAUUAUUUUUAUCAGACUUUGUAAGCAAUUGGUUCCAAGUAUUCUCUAGUUACCUAAUAGACUAACCCUCUCAUAAAUCAUCCAACCCAGUUUUAUCAAUCCUGUUAAAGAUAUUCACUUUCCCUGUAGUUAAUUUUGCUAUUACUACUCUUUCAGAAGCUUAUACUUAUUCCUUCUAUCUGAGUUUCUUCCCUGACUAAUACAAAGUACUAAGCAGCCAUCCAUAAUAUGAACUCUUAUUAAAAGUAGCUUUAGCUGGAGCAGUCCUUAAGAAUAUUCAGAACUUUAUCCACCUAAGUGCUGCAUCUCUAAGAAUUGUAGGAAUUGAUGUUAAACAGAAGAAUGAAGCAGCAGCUGCCCAAGGAAAGAAGACUAAUUGA